AUGAGAGACUAUAAAGUAGUGGUUCUAGGAGCCGGCGGUGUAGGCAAGUCGGCACUGACUGUGCAAUUCGUUCAAGGCGUGUAUCUUGAGUCCUACGAUCCGACUAUUGAAGAUUCAUACCGAAAACAGUGUUUGAUUGAUAACCGAUCAUGUACUUUGGAAAUUCUUGACUCGGCAGGAGUCGAGCAGUUCACUGCUAUGAGAGAACUGUAUAUUAAAAACGGCGAGGGGUUUAUUCUCGUGUACUCGGUGACGAAUGAAUCCUCUUUACAGGAGCUGUUGGAGCUACGAGAACAAGUCAUCCGAAUUAAAGACAAUGCCAAUGUGCCGAUUGUGCUGGUAGGAAACAAAUGUGAUCUGAUGGACGACCGCGUGGUGCCUGCCAAGGUCGGUGUUCAAGUGGCCGAUUCAUGGGGUAAAGUGCCGUUUUACGAGACCUCGGCCAAGUACCGGUUGAAUGUUGAAGAAGUAUUUGUGGAUCUUGUUCGCCAGAUCAUGCGUCGCGACUCAGGAUUCGGUUCAUCUUUAGGUAUGCGCCAAGGCAGCAUUGACGAAUCAACCAAGAAAUAUAUUCUCGGUCACGGACAUAAUAACUCGUCGAAUUCACACUAUUAUUCAUCACACGGCCGCCAGUUGUCUCAUAACGGAUCCAACAAUGCAUCAUCCGUGGCACUGGCCGCCGCUACUCAUACCGCGUCAAACUCGACUUCGAGCACUUUUUCGUCGCGAUCCAACUCACACACCCAAACACACUCGGCUGCCUCACUCGAAGGUUUUGACCACGCAUUCCUCACCACCGACCCGGCCGCUAAAUCCACCCGAAACAAGCUCCUGCGACACAAACCCAGCAACCGCAAGCUCUCUGGAAAGGCCUCAACCCUCUCCCUACGGCGCAACCACGCCAACCCUGCCUCGGCAGGCCAAAAAGACAAGGACUGCCUGAUUAUGUAG